AUGCUUUCAGCAAAGAAGUAUGACGCUUUUGUUGCCAGUGAGUCGGUGAUCCGUCAAAUCCCCAAGUUGCUCGGCCCGGGCUUGAGCAAGGCCGGAAAAUUCCCUACUGUCGUCUCGCACAGCGAGGAUUUGGUCAGCAAAGUUGAUGACGUCAAGGCAACCAUUAAAUUUCAGCUAAAGAAGGUUUUAUGCCUCUCGGUUGCUAUUGGGAACGUAAAUAUGACGCCGGAAGAACUCGUACAGAACAUCAGUUUGGCAAUAAAUUUCCUUAUCUCUCUGUUGAAGAAAAAUUGGCAGAAUGUCCGAGCUCUUUACAUCAAGAGCACUAUGGGUCACAGCCAUCGGAUUUAUUAA